GCAUAAUUUGUUAUUUCUCUUUGUGUGAAGUGAUUGCUUACAGUGAUUUCAUCAUUGGUCUUCGUAAUACAUCAAGAACAAUCUUUAAAGAUUUAACAAAGACUAUAAACCAUGAAACUACUUUAGUGUAUGAAGGCUAGUUGUAUGAAGCUGCCUGCACAAAUGAUUAAUACAUCGAACGUUUCGAUAAUUUCUAUCGAAGAGGUUUGAGGGGGGUCCAAAUGGUCAUUGCAGGAAACUGUCGUUCAUUUUAACAAAGGGGACACAAAUACUUUUGUCAUGUUUAUAUGACGGUAGCCUUUCUCUUGAUGCAAUAAACUCUUUCAAUGAUUUCGACAGGAGGAAAAGAAUGGAAAAGCUUCGUAGAGCCUUUUUUCGAACAAAACACUUUACUCAGAGUGAAAUUGACAGUACAGCCUUAAAAAGAAAAUUGUCCACGUUGGAUCUUACUGCACUUGGUGUUGGCAAUGUGGUCGGGGCAGGUAUCUACGUCAUUGCAGGGAUAGUUGCUAGAGACCAAACUGGUCCUGCUAUUGUUAUUUCCUUCGCAAUUGGUGCUUUGGUGUGUUGUCUUUCAGGUCUUUGCUUUGCCGAGGUUGGUGCCCGUGUUCCUCGAGCAGGCUCAGCUUAUAUUUACAGUUACGUUGUCUUUGGUGAGCUUUGCGCGUUUAUGAUUGGUUGGAUGCAACUGGUUGCUUCCACCAUGGGAAUAGCCGCUGAGAUGCGUGCAUGGAGCGAGAACGUCAACUCUCUUUGUAACGAUAGCAUCAAGGUUUUUUUCAUGAAUCACGUUGGUCAUUUAGAAAUUCCGUGGCUUUCAGAGUAUGUGGAUUUUCUAGCCUUUGGUUAUACACUGUUUCUUGUGUUGAUCACUAUUUGGGGCGUUUCUCAAUCAAAUGCGUUGAAUUGGUUUUUUACAAUUCUCAACAUCAGUGUACUUGUUUUUGUUAUUAUCUCUGGAUUGACAUAUGCAGACACAAAGAAUUGGAAGAACUUUGCACCAUUUGGCUUGAACGGUAUUCUCUCCGGUACGUCCACGUUGUUCUUCGCGUUCUGCGGUUUUGAGGUGAUUGCAACUUCUGGUGAGGAAGCCAAAAAUCCUCGCAAGGCAAUCCCAAGAUCAAUCAUAUCAGUCAGUGUCCUAGUUACUGUUCUAUACGAAUGCCUUGGGAUAAGUUUGACUUUGAUGAUCCACUACAGUGAAAUUCCAGAAACGUCAUCCCUUGCAACAUCGUUUGACAAGAAAGACUUCAGCACUGCAAAAUACAUCGUUGCUGCAGGUGCGCUUUGUGCUCUAAGCACUGGCUCUUUGAAUGAAAUUUAUCAGCUCUCCCGAGUCUUGUAUGCAAUAGCACACGAUGGUCUUGUUUUUGGCUUCUUGGCAAAAAUCAACAAAAGAACCCGGACGCCUGCCAUUGGCUGUCUGGUCUUUGGAUCGUUCAUUGCUCUACUUUCCCUUAUUUUUGAGAUCAAAGCGCUAGCAGACGUGUUGUCCAUUUCCUCGUUAUGUUCAUACACUGCUGUAUGCGUUAUUGCGGUUUUGUUGAGAUAUAAACCCGGUACAAUUAUACAGGAAACAUCUGACAUAACUAAAGAGAAGGAAGUUGACGAAAGAUUUUCAUCGCAUUCAAAUAAAAUUUUUUUGACACAUCAAUCAGUUAAUUGUGAAAUCAAAUUCAAAAAUGCUAUUGAAAUGGCUUCUCCAUUGCCUCGAAAGGUCUCCAUCUUAAAAAGAAUAGCAAAACGAGUUUUGGGAUCAAAGCUGGAUGCACCAAAUGAGGACAGUUAUCUUGUCGUCAAAACGUCUUUGACGGUAUUUUUUCUCAGCCUACUCGCUUUAGAAUCUUGUUUGUUUCAUGAAUUUCACCGAAUCACGUCCAAACAGCCUUUCAUAUUGUUGUGCACAAGCUUGUUUUUUUUCUUGGCUGUGGCAGCUGUUGUAAUUUUAAUGAGGCAGCCUCAAUCACAAGUGAAACUGGACUUCAAAAUGCCAUUCAUGCCACUUCUACCUGUAGCUGCCAUCUCCUUCAAUGUGGCACUAAUCUUGCAUUUUUCAGCUAUUUCAUGGGGAUACUUUGGAAUCUUUUUAGCAUUGGGCUUGAUUAUAUAUCUGACGUAUGGUGUACGACACAGUAAAGAAAAUAAGGACAUUGCUGAUUUAGAAAAGCGUCUUAACAAUAAUACGAAGAAAUGAGAAAAAUGCAAUCUUAAAACUAUUCAGAAGGAGUCAUAUUGUGUUAAAUUCUUUGUUACAGUGCUUAGGUCUAUCUAACGGUUUUUAGCAGUUUGACAUAUUUUCAUUAAAAGGUUCUGAAAUGAA